AUGGGUUUUCAUGAUACAUCUACCACAGGGCUUCCACUUGGUCUCGGUCUUGGUCUUGGUCUUGGUCUUGGUUUCCAUGAUCAGUCAGAGAAUUGCACGAAGGUUGAUGAUCACAAACAGAGAGAAAGUCAUAAGAAAAAGGUGGAUAAACCAUCUAAAUGUAACAACGCAUACCCUUCUCUUACAUUAGGACCACCUGAGGAUGAUGAACUGCAUAAUCAACAAAAUACAAAUACUGAAUCCUAUGAAUAUUUUCCUCCUCAAGAUUCUUCUCCUAGCGCAGUAUCUUCAUUUUCCAACUCUUCUAGCAUCAAGAGGGAACGAGAUCAAGCUUUAGGUGAGGAAUUUGAAGUAGAGGUAGAGAAAAUUCCAACAAGGGUAGUUGGUGAUGUUGAUGAAGAUGGUAACCCCAGGAAGAAACUUAGGCUCACCAAAGAACAAUCCGCAGUGUUGGAGGAAAACUUCAAGGAGCAUUCUACCCUCAAUCCGAAGCAAAAGCAAGAAUUGGCAAUGAAGCUGAACCUGCGAGCGAGACAAGUCGAAGUGUGGUUUCAAAACAGGCGAGCCAGGACAAAACUUAAACAAACCGAGUCGGAUUGUGAAUUAUUGAAGAACUGUUGCGAUACUUUGACAGAAGAGAAUAAGAGGCUGCAAAAAGAGUUGCAAGAACUUAAGUCAAUGCAAACAACCCCUUUACCCUUUUACAUGCAGAUUCCAGCAGCCACACUUUCCAUAUGCCCUUCCUGUGAGAGAAUUUGCGGUGGCAACAGUGACAGUGGCAAUGGUUCCUCUCCCACAACAACAUUGCUUAUUGGCUCAAAGACCCAUCAUCACUUUUACAAAAGCAACUAUGCAUUCCCCCACUCAUCAUCUGCAGCAUGCUAG